CAGGCAGAUAGGCAACAUCACUACUUGCUAGUCCCUUUUGACACCUGCGAGUGUGUGUGUGUGUUUCAGUGAGUAAAUGUGUGUGUAUGUUUCUCUUUGCUUCUGUGAUAGACUAUGUGUAAGAGAGAAAGAGAGAGAUAGAGAGAGAUAGGAAGAACUAUGUGAGAGGAAGAAAAUCUGAAGGGGGAAAUAAUCACACAAACUCUCGAGACGAAGCAAAAUAAGUUUAGAGUACCAUGACGACAAUCAGAAGAGCAACCGGGAGCCGAAAACAUGAACAACAGAGGAGGAACUCAUGUGAAAAGGAAAUUAAGCAGCACGGACUGGCACUCUAGCUACACGCAGCGAGCAAUCAUGGACGACCCCUCAUCUACCCAAUCCUUCCCCAACCUCAACCACCAUCGCCACAACCCAUCCUUUCACCUCACGCUGCCCAGCCAUCAAAGCCCUGAAUUGGGAUACCCGUCCUCUCAGCCUGCCCUGAGCCCUCUGGAAUAUGGAAGGAGAGGGGGAGAAUCUUCAAAUAUUCUACUGGCUUCAAACACCUCCUCAGGGGGAAGGAGGGAGAGCAGUGGGGGAGACAGAGGCUUCCUAAACACGAGUAGUAGCUGCCUGGAUGGAGAUGCUAGCUUGGGAGGCGGCCAUUUUUCGGACACUUGGUACGGCGGGAAAAAAGAGGAGGUUUGGGAAAAUGGGGAGAGUUGUGAAAACGCUGCAGAUGGUUUUUAUGACAAAGCGGAUUGCUACAGUAAUGAUGUUAUUCACAACAGCGAGGGAGGAGUGAGACGUAAACUCAGAGCGAAUUGUUAUAAUCAUGUGAGAUAUGAAGCUAAAGGCGAAGCUGUUUACCACAGGGAGGCCAACGUUAGCCUCUUCACAAAACAAACUACUCCCUACAACCGAACUGCAGCGGGGAGCUUCAGUGACAGCGGCGUCAACUGUUCAAGAGUUGGUGAUCAUUAUUUAGGAAGAGAGGAGGAUUAUGGGUCCAGCUGUGGCUCAGGGGAGGAUCAGCUUCAGGGAACAGAGGGUGAGGGACCCUGGGUGAGCGUCUCUCCCUCGAGUCAGCCCGGGGAAGCCAGGUGGAGCGGAGCAGCAGACACCGACACUUUAAACUCAGGAUGCCUGACUCAGUACACUCAGAAACUGGACUCCUUCUCCGAGGCCUUCCUCUCCCAGGGCAAGAGAAGAUUUCCCAUGAUCUCCAGCAUUGAUUCUUCCGGACAAUUUUGGGAAUUCGGAGUAGGGAGAGGAGAGAGCCCCGGGUAUAAGUCGAGGCACAGCUGUGCUUUCGACUCCUACCUGCCGCCCUGCUCGUCCCACUCACCCGCCCACCCCUCCUUCCCUUCUCCUCCCACAUCAUCUCACAUCAUGUCUUCAGUUCUCAGUCCUCCUCCCACACCUCUGCCUCCUCCUUCCCACUCACCCUCCAAAAUGGACUCCCCCGGUGGGUUAGGUGUGUCCACACUUUCGGUGUCCCAGGGGGGGGAUUCACUACAGUUUUUUCCUUCGCACCUUCAGCCUCUCCCAUCUAUCCACUCCCCUGGGAUGAUAUGGAAGUUUCCAGUGAUGUCACACACUUUUACACAUACGUCCAGUGACCCCGGCAUCACCGAGGGCAACCUGAGACCACCUCAUGGCAGUGACUAUGGCAACAUCCUAGCCUCCCACGUUCAGUCUCAAGAACCUUCGUUCCUGUCCUCCACCUCCCAUCCUCCAUCCCUUCAUCCAUCCAGAGCCCUCGGUCCCUCCAAUGCUCAAUCCCUCUAUUCCGCCUUCCACCUUCCCUCUCGUCUGCCUCACCUCACAGACCAACGGUAUGAGACCGCAGAAAAUAAAAACCCUCACAUUGUGACCCAGAAAGUGAAGAGAGAGGAAGCCAAUCUUAAACAAGAACAGCUACAGCAACAAGUCUCUCCAAUUUACACUGGAACUCCAUUUCCCAGCAUCCUUCACUUAAGCAGAGGCCAGAGGAGAGGCCGGUACACUCCUCAACCGCUGAUCAAUCCACUUCGUAGGGGGACGGGUCUCUACUCCUCAAUCUCACAUCUUAAUCACAGAGAGGAAGAAACAAAAUUUAAAGAAGAGGAAGAUGAAAGUGUGUCACCGUAUGUCAACGUGGGACAUGAUUUCCAAGCAGAGCUUCCUCCAUGCUUGGUGGAUGGGGAACGGUCAAGGGUGUGGUGUCCAGAAGAGGAAUCACCUAGGGAACAGUUGCUCUGGAAACCAUGGGAUAUGCUGGAGGAUAAUACCAAUUUACAAGACCAAGUGGAGAGGCUGUUGUCCAUGUGCAGUUCCAGCUGUGUACCAGGAGGGGGCAGCAACACAGAGCUGGCCCUGCACCGUCUGCACUACUGUCAGGGCAACAUAAUGGCCGCUCUGGAGAUGCUGCUGUUCUCACAGCCCUCGCCUGCAGGAGACUACCACUACUCUGGUAGUGAUUGUUGGACAGACAGUGAAAAGAGUCUCUUUGGUGCAACUCUGCGGACUUAUGGGAAAGAUUUCUCAGUCUUAAGGAAAAUGGUGAGGACUAAGACCGUGAGCCAGUGUGUUGAAUUUUACUACCUGAGCAAGAAGCUCCAGGACAAGCAGAAGAAACAGAGAGAGGAGGAUAUCCGAGAAGCAGCGAUGGAGCAGCAGAAAAGUAUAACCCCUGUCUGUCCGCCAUUGGACGCACAGUUUGGACCGGAGGAGGCGGUUCCUGUCCCCCUGAGCAGCUUCUUCCCGUGCAAGCUGUGUGGAAAAAUGUUCUAUAAAAUAAAGUCUCGUAACGCUCACAUGAAGAUCCACCGGCAGCCUCAGGAGGAUUGGAGCGACCGGCGGCUGCAGCAACAAAUCUUCAACCAGCGCCUGGCUCUCAGUCGGUCCAUCCCCAACCCGGGCGGUAAUCUGCUUCCCCCACAGGCUGCAGGGCUGACCUUUCCCUCCUCUGGAAGCAGCAACACCAAUACAGACACUGUCCUCCACUCUGUAACCAACAGCAUCACGCCCGGCAAUGGCGGCGUUCUUGACCCCGGCGCUGUGGUAACAUACGGGAACAUCGCCGCUUCGAACUCUCAGGUAGACACCAAUACAGACUCUAACCAAAGAGAGCCGCCCACCCUCUUACCUUUCCACCAAUCAUGGGGCUCUUUUGGCCCUGACCCCACUAUCUUCUUCUGCGAGACAGAAGAGAAAGAUGGAGCAGGAACGGUGGGGGGGAAAGACACAGUCAACUGGCAGUAAAAGCAUGACCCCAGCAUUACUGUUUUUAACGCAAACUCAAUUUUAUAUCAAACUUUUUGAAACAUAUUUCAAGAAAAACAAUAUGUUUCUAGUUUUGUUCCAGGAAACAAAAUACAUCAGUAAACACCCCACUGAUAAAUGUCUGAAGCAUUGUUGUGUCAAGCGUCUAAAUGAGACGACUAAACGCCAUCACACCACAUAAUAGCCGCGUUUAGCUUAGUGGUGGUGGUGAAGUCAUGGGACUGUUCCUUUGUAGCAUAAGCCAUGACCAGAAGACCUGUCUAUGGUCUGGCCCUCGGUGGAGAGGUUGUAAUCUGAUUUAUUGACUGUGGUCAGGUGUCUUUUAUCCAGGUAACGAGUUGACAUCAGGAGUACUUUCUUAAAGCGAGAGGACUUAUUUAACCGGUCCGUGGGAGCCAGAAUCCUUGUUGGUUGCAAGGGGAUCAAAUACUUAUUUCCCCCAAAUAUCUUUUUUUAAUGUACAUUUUUUAUUCUGUCUCUCAUUGUUAAAAUAAACCUACCACAAAAAUUACAGACUGUUCAUUUCUUUGUAAGUGGAUAAACUAACUAAAUUGGCAGGGGAUCAAAUACUUAUUUCCUCCACGGUAUUUCAAGAGAAGCAAUAUCUUUCUAGUUUUGUUCCAGGAAACAAGAUACGUCCCCACUGAUAAAUGUCUGAAGCAUCGUUGUGUCAAGCGUCUAAAUCAAAGUCAAGUCAAAGUCCACUUUAUUGUCAAAGUUUCCACAUGUGUUAUACAUACAGAAAAUUGAAAUACCGUUUCUGGCAGUCCCACAGUGCAAAUACAAACAAGAACAUAUAACAUAAAAAGAUAAGAGCGUAGAAAAAAAAGGGGGGGGGUAAAAAGGGGUAUACAACAAAAAAACUAAGUAAUAUAUACAUAUGUUCGACACCAUCAACACAGUUUGACGGUAGUGCAAGUAGUUCUUUAGUGCAAAAAGUACUUUGUGCAAAGUACAUUUUCACUAGCAGCGGAGAAUAGAAAGCGACUGUUGCUGGAUGAGGGACGGGUGUGUGAGGGAGGGGGAUUAAUGUGGUACAUUUCCAAAUGAGACGACUAAACGUCAUCACACCACAUAUUAGCCGCGUUUAGCUUAGCAGUGGUUACCUGAAGUCAUGUGACGUGCCGUAGUUCCAUAUAGCAUAAGCCUUUUUACUUCCAAAAUCAUAAAAUGGUGGAGAUUAUCCUGCUGAACAACAUAUGUUAGUAUCAUAAAUGUGAGAUUAUGUUCUGCAAUAUUCCAAAAUCCAAUGAAAGAAUCCCUUUGGCUUUUAUUUGGGGGAACCCUUGCGAUGCUAACAUCCGUUUUCCUUACAAAAAUAUGUCAUCUCUGUACCACUCAGACCGUUUUCAGACCGCUUUGUUUGUCAGCAGGGAGAAACAAAUGGUUAAAAGGGUAAAGCUUGGGCCAAAGGAGAACCUAUUACAAUUUGUAAUCGGAUCACGAGUCAGAAAGAAACAUCCUCUUUCACUUUUAUUAACAUUGUAAAUUAAACAUUUGGCAAUCGGGGCGGACUGUGCUCUCCAAAUGCCCUUAUAUUUCCUAUAUUUUUUUGUUGUAAAUGGUGUUUCUAAAUUGAUAACAUAUUUAAAUGUUUCUUCAGCAUUUGACAUUUGAAUAAAAUGUGUAACUUCAUGUUUUUUCUUAUUUUUAUAAACAACACAGAUAAAAACAAAUAAGAUUAAACAUGUUCUUUUGUGAGUUCUAGAUGAUUGUUGGAGCCAUGCUAAGUGUUUCUCCCUGUUCCCAGUGUUGUUGCCAAGCUAACUGUCUUCCACCCUGAAGCUUAACAGAGUGUUAUUGAUCUUCAUCUAAUGUUUGGCGUAAUGUUCCUUUAUUUCUAAAACACAGACAUUUGCAGAAGGGAGUAGACGAAUUCACGUUCCAUUAUAUCCUCGCUCUUAAAGUCUGAAACUCAGUGGUCCGCACAGUGAUUGAUAAACACAAACACACACACACACAGUUGGCAUAGCCAUUUGAAAACACACAGCUUGUUGAAAGGUUCAUAUAACACCAUAAUGGGCUAAUAUUGACCUUGGUAGACCAUCUCCUCUGUUACAGCUGUCUGAGCGCAGAAUCUACCUGUUGAUGGUUAACUACUGUGUGUUUUUGUGACUGUGCUGCAGGAUGCCAGGAAAGAGGCAGCCAAUGUGAGAGUAGGCCUUCUAAAUUCAGAUUGAGGAAUGUAAAUAAAAAUGCCAGAGACAAAUCCAAAAUAUACCAUCUGGUCCGACGUUAUUGAACUAAUGCAUAUGUAUAGGAUGUGCAAUCUGACUUUUAAUGUUGUCCUGUUUACCUAACCUGUCUAUCCGGUAGCUCCAGUGCAUUUCUCAAGACGGUGUGUAAUCUUCGCUCCUAUAUUUCCAUGAGUGUUUCCACCGCUGUGAGAGUGAUAACAGUAUGUGUGUAUGGUAUGUAAGUCUGAUUGUUCAUGUGUAAAUAAUACGCCUAAUGUCCUUAAAGGAUUCAUUUUUGCCUGGGCAACCAGAUCCAUGUGUUUGAAACUGUUAUGCAUCUGUGUGUUUUGAUAAGCCAUGUGUGUUAACCGUAUUUGUGUGUGUGCCUGAUAAAACAGUCUCUAAACGGGUCCUCCCCCCUGUCAAAAGUGCACCUUGUUCGGCA